AUGCUUCGUACAGCAACUCAUCCUGUUACUAUCGGAACCACGGAUUUAAUCGACUAUACCACCCCGGCUAUUGCUGUACAUCGAGAGCUGGUGUCUCUCGCUGAUGGUUUGGACCCGGUUUCCGUGGGACCAGUUCUCGCAGUACUCGUCAGGAUCGGCAUCAACACUAAGGAAGCAUUAGGUUCCGUCGCCAAGGACGACCACAUCAAGUCUGCUAUCGCUGAGGAGCUUCCUAUCAGAGGCAAAGUCAUUUUCAGCAUCCUGUGCAGUCGUGCCGUGACCUCGACUGCGAAGAAGGAUUCCAAGGAGCUCAGCACCGAGGAUAUGAACAAGAUGCUGUCUCAUUUCCAGCGCAUUCACGGUUCAGCUCCGCUACCUACGUUGAUGUCGACGAAGCCUGCUAUACUCCAGAAGAUGAAGAAACCAGAACAAGCCAUACGUAUGGAUCUCAAUGAAUUCUUACCUCGUCGAGAGGUAAUCUCGACGGACGAUAACAAAUCCUUCAAGGUCAACAAUUCGGGACAACUGGUGAUGUCGAGCACUGAAAAACGUAAGUUGUCGGGUUUCACAGAACUUUCUGUUGCUCUCUUCCGUUGGGGCGUGACCUACUCGACUUUGUUCCCACCUGUCGUUGAUGGUUCUCCUUCCAAAGUUGGAGUAAGUGUGUGUGACGUUCUAGCUUACUGGAGACGCCUAGUCGACUUUCUUCCUGCCCUCGGUGCUCCAGCUAUUAUAGACUACGACGCCAAGUACCGCUCUGCGAUUGCCCAGUUGGUGACGACAGGAACCUACUCCGUCUCCCACAUGCUACGCGACGAUGUUCUACCAACCAUUAUGUCCGCCGCUUUGGCUCGUGCGACAACCACUUCUAGUCGUCUUCCCCUCCAACAAGUUCCCUCUUCAUCUAACUCAAUCUCGCAAGAAGUCCCUGCUUGUGAAGUCCUGUAUCAAGAUGGGUCGGGCAUCCGUGCCCAUUUACCCGCUGUCCCCAACGUUGCUUACAAGCUUACUCCUGAUGUUGCUUCUUUCACACUCUUACUGACCAAAACGAUCGAUGAGCACAAGCUAGAAGAUGUCCUCACGGCGUCUACAACGCGUUCGGGAGAAGUCAGACCGGACAGGUCUCAGUAUUUACUCAAUGCCUUCUCUGGUGCAGCUGAUGCUAUACUAGAUAGCCUGGAAUGUUCUUCCACAGUGACAUCUCGAGCUUGCUCUUCUGGUAGCCCCAUACGUCCCGAUGUCCUCGACUAUUUGUCGGCUCUCUUCGACGCAGGGAAUGACGAUGGCCUGGUCAGCGAACUAGAUACCGGUGUAAAUUUGGGGUUUGAAGGCGGUCUCAAAGCUUCCGGAGUCUUUCCUGUUGCAAAGUCCAGUGAGAACGCUGACGAUGACGCCGCCUCCUUUGACGAACACAGCUUCUCUUCUCUUGAACGAGCUAAUUACUUCAGCGGUCAGGAUGCUACGUGUGCGAUCAGAUCCGUUGUCGAAGAGGAGCUUCGUCCCGGUAGAAUACGUGAACUGUCUGAUGCUGAAGCUUUACCGCCCGACCGUUUCUUUUCGAAGCUAGCCGCAGUCCCCAAAGGGAAGUGUGCUCCCGAUGGUACCAAGUUAUAUCGCUUAGUGGAGGAUUUCAAACGCUCAGGGGCGAACGCCAGAAUUGCCCCUGUGGAGCAUACCACUCAUCCAAGCUUACAUGAUAUACGACUCCUACUCAAGUCUCUUGUCUCACUCGAUGGAUCCUUCCAAGACUAUGUAGCAACCUCUGUCGAUAUAAAAGGUGCAUACAGACACCUUUUUAUGCUGAACUCUAACCGCAAAUACUGCUGUUUCUCGUUCGAUGGUCGUAACUAUGAGAACUUGGCCGUGCCGUUUGGUAUAGCCCGGGUGCUGGCUGGGUGUAUAUAG